AUGAAUUGCAUGGAGGGUAGCAUCAAAGAAGCUCACUUGCUAAAAUUCAGUAGCUUGCGGGUGUUAGAUCUUUCUUCAAACUCGUUGGCAUUGGAAGUGAGUUCAAGCUGGAUUCCACCCUUUCAACUUGAAACCAUAGGUUUGAGGUCUUGCCUACUAGGCCCGAAAUUUCCCCAGUGGCUUCGAUCACAAAAGAGUUUUUCUGCCAUUGAUAUCUCUAAUGCUGGAAUUGUAGAUGUCGUGCCAGAUUGGUUUUGGAACCUUUCUUCCAGGAUCAUGUAUAUGAAUCUGUCUUUCAACGAGCUCAAAGGACAUGUGCCUGAUUUUUCAUCCCAACUCCAACUUUCACAACUUGAUUUGACUAGCAAUAACUUUUGGAGUCCCCUGCCUCGCUUCUCCGCCAACUUAAGGGUAUUGUUUCUAGCUAGAAAUUCAUUUUUUGGACAUAUUUCAAACUUAUGUGGAAUAUUGUCUAUGAAUAACUCCCUCACUUAUUUGGAUCUAUCUUCAAAUAAUUUAUCGGGAGAGAUUCCAGAUUGUAGGAAAUAUGGAUACUAUCUGGUCACUCUCAACUUAGCUAAUAACAAUCUUUCAAGACAAAUUCCCAUCUCAAUGGGCCAAUUAAUUCAUCUUAAAACAUUGCAAUUGGAGUACAAUAGUUUAUCGGGAGAAGUGCCUUUAUCAUUGAAGACUUGCACUGACUUGUCUGUUUUGGAUCUUGCAAAAAACACUCUUGGGUAA